ACAAGCGUAUGUACAGUCCGAAACUGGGCUUUUGAAGUUGACGCAGCGAUAAGAAGAUAAUUAUGAUAAUGAAGAUAUUUCUCUGUAUCGGCAUUGUCCCGUUACUCGCGAUCGCGAGUAUAGCCUUCGACUGCAACGAGUACUCGUGCAAGUCUAAUCACACCUUGUGCAAGUAUCCAAAUCCAGAGCCGUCGCCGGCUUGCGGUUGGGUAUUUUCUACAGGAUUCACGGACGAAGAGAAAGCUAAGAUACUCCAACAGCAUAACGAUCUUAGAGUGUACGUCGCCGCUGGAUUGGAGAAACGAGGCGUGUCUGGUCCUCAGCCUCCGGCCUCGAACAUGAAAACCCUGAUCUGGGACGAUGGCUUGGCCGAGGUGGCUCAAAGGUGGGCCAAUCAAUGCGAGUUCGGCCAUGAUCAAUGCAGAAAUGACGCAUCUGACGGAUACGUCGGGCAAAAUUCUGCCUGGAGUCAAUGGUUCAACGAAGCUGGCAUCAGAUUCGAGCAGCUCGUCCAAUCGUGGUACGACGAAGUGAAAGACUUCGACAGGAACCAAAUUUCUCAACUCACAGGCGAGAACUUUGGGCAGGUAGCUCACUACACUCAAAUCGUAUGGGCGAACACGGACAGAAUCGGUUGCGGCAAGAUCGAAUAUAACAUGCCACAUUCCCCGUGGACGACUCUGUACUUGGUCUGCAAUUACGGACCGGGUGGAAACAUAAUAGAUGAACCGAUUUAUGAAAUCAGACAAUUGUGACCACUGAAACGAGUGGUUCGUCAUGAAAAUGUGUAGCCAAAUUUUUAGAAGACAUAUAUGUAUCAGUAGAAGUAAAAUAAAAGAAUAAUUGCAUGCACUUACAGCA